AUGCUAGACAAAAUCAUCAAAGACGUCGAACAAGCGCUAGCACCUAAAUCGGCCGAACAAGGAACUCCAAAGGCAGAUCGUUUAUUGGCGACUAAUAGUGAUACUUCGACAAAACCACAGCAGCCGAAAAAGAAGAAGAAGGAAAAGAAGCCGAAACAGCCAACGCCCCCGGCGGCUGAUCUGGUAAGGUCGCAGUUUCUACAAUGUGACUUGCGAGUAGGCCGAGUGACUGAGGUUUCCUAUCAUCCCCAAUCAGAACUUUUGUACGUGUUGAAGGUACGCUACAGCGACGAGGAAUUGAGAACGAUAUGUGCGGGUCUUCGCAACUAUAUACCUGAGGAAGAGCUGAAGGACCGUAUGGUAGUGACGAUUUGCAACCUUAAGCCACGACCGUUACGAGGUAUUCUGAGCGAGGGUAUGGUUCUUGCGGGUAGCGUUAAGUCUGAUGACGGAGUGAAAGAAGAAGUUGUCAUUCUUGCAGCUCCAGCGGCUGCAGAAGACGGGUCUAUUGUGAUUGCUGAAGGUAUUGAUGAAGAGAGAACCGUCAAGGACGGAAAGUUCGUGUCCGGCAAGACUUGGGAUAAAAUUGUGCCUAGGCUCAGCGUCAAGGAUGGGACUGCAUGUUAUGACAGCAAGCCGUUACGCACUGCAGCAGGUGUCAUUACGUGCCAGCUUCCUGAUGGAGCAGAAAUUCAUUAGGAUGUCUUGAGCAUGGGGACGGAUCUUAUCUGACAGAGCUUCUUGCUCCCUGAGACCGUUGCGAAUCCAAGUAACUACGAGGUGCAGCGACGGUCUUGUAUAAGGCUAAAUGCUACGCUCUACUUCGCCUCGCCUCUCAUCGCCAAAAUUUAGAAAUUGUGAAGCCUUGGACAAGGUCCAGAGAGCAUGAUAUACAUUUACAUUAUCUAAUAAACUACGCCGCAAUUGGUGAAUGACUAGGCAAGAAGGUCUUCGACAUCCU